AUGACAUCAGUGUGGCCAGCAAAAGGUGUCAUAUUCUCCAGAGUAGGAGAGAGUGUCACCGUGCCUUGUGACGUUGUGGGGGGUCCAAACUGCUCCUCUCUGGAAUGGCAGCACGGGCCAGAUGGUGGUGGGCGCGAGAGGAGGAUCUGGCCAAACGUCCCCCCUGAUCGAGCUGGAAGACUCCGUCUGCUGCCUGACUGUUCCCUCCACAUCACCAACAUCACCACUCAGGAGGCUGGAGAAUACACAUGUGUCAUAGUCUCCAGAGUAGGAGAGAGUGUCAGCGUGCCUUGUGACGGUGUGGGGGGUCCAAACUGCUCCUCUCUGGAAUGGCAGCACGGGCCAGAUGGUGGUGGGAGCUACUGGAGGAGGUAUAUCUGGCCAGACGCCCCCCCUGAUUUAGCUGGAAGACUCCGUCUGCUGCCUGACUGUUCCCUCCACAUCACCAACAUCACCACUGAGGAGGCUGGAGAAUACAGAUGUGUGAUUUACUCCAGUGUAGGAGGGACAGCCACCCUGCCCGGUGACGGUGUGGGGGGUCCAAACUGCUCCUCUUUGGAAUGGCAUGACUAUCCAGAUGUUUGGGGCUUCAAGUUCACAAUUCAAAGAGAUGAGUUGAGAGUUUCCACCAGGAAGAUCUGGCCAGACGCGCCCCCUGAGCGAGCUGAAAGACUCAGUCUUCUCCCUGACUGUUCCCUCCACAUCACCAACAUCACCACUGAGGAGGCUGGAUACUACAGAUGUUACAAUCCCCUGAGUGGUCGGAGUAAAGAGUUUCUCUUUAUUCUUCUUGAUGUUCCAUCUUCCCCCAGUGAGAAUGAGGUGGAGUCUGAAGAUCAUGUGACCCUGCCCUGUGUCCUUCACACUGGCUUUGACUGUGACCUGUUGACUCUGCAUCCGGCUUUUAACCUUAGCUGGGUGGAGGUGGCAGGGACUAACCUGUGGACCUCCACCAAUUACCAGACCAGGAAAACAUCUGCCUGCAGCACCACCCUGACUGUCAACCUCACAAGUCCCGCCCCUUACAGCCAGCGAAGGUGCCAGGUGACUACAGGAGGCCAAGUGCAGGUGUCUUCUGCCCUCCACACCUUUGGAUCCUUUCUAGCAGAUGUCUACAUGGUUGUGCGAGUGGCCAUUGUUUUGUUUCUGACUGUCUGUGCCAUCGCACUUGAAAUAAUCUGGAGGAGACGGAGACAGAGUGAGUAG